AUGAACACUGAGCGUAUUCUGAACCAGUCUGUCCAACUCAAAAUUACCGAGGGUCCUGAUAUUUUGUACAGUGAGAGGUCAGCAGAUAAGGAUCGGAACAUAAACAAUAACGGGACUGAACACCUCACAAUACCCGGGAACUAUCAUGGCGACGAGGGAGAUGACAUCUUACUCACAGAGGAACAGCUCGCAGCAGCUAACCUGAGCAGGCUGGAGGGGGAGGAAUUGCUCGAGAAACUGGGGGACACGAUGCUGACCCCGGAGCAGCUGGCCCCCAUCCUCAAAGGAAGGCGAUCAACGACGUCACCAGAUUCUGGCCUGAUGUCAACGGCUUCCCUCACAUUCCCUAUACCUUUGAGGAUGGUCGGUAUUGCUUGA